GAAGAAAUUUGAAGGGCACCCCUGGUAGAAAUAAAAAAGAAAAAAGAAAAGCUCUCCAGUCUCCAACCCGCCCAGCAAAAUCCAAAAAUAUACCCCCUACAAAUUUUUUACCAUCUCUACUAGACUAGAGAGGACUGGCUGGACUGCAAUGUCCACAAAAAAAUUAAUAAAUAAAAAUAAAAAUAAAAUAGAAGUUUUUUCCUGCUUUCUGCUCAACACGCAAUCACCAUUUUGUCAACCAAAAUUCACAAGGCACGCUACACCAGGGGAAAGGAGGCAAAGUUUGUUUUUCAAAAAAUCUCAAAUCUUACUCAAUCUCACAUUCUCAUCUCACCCAACCCAAACCCAAAGAAAAAGAGAAAUUUUUUGUAGUUGAAGAAAUACCAAAGGCAAGAGAAGCACACCAAGAUUGGUUGUACAUCCACCGAUCUGUUGACUGCUGUACAUCCACCGUCGUCUUCAGCUCGCCAUGACGCCGUCCACGCACCACCAGCAGAAGUGAACAGGGCAUCAAAUUUUUCAAGAUAACUAAUUCACUCAAAGGGUCUAAGAGGACAAGCAUGAGUUUCGGUGGGCUUUUUUGUUUGAGAACGAAUAAAAAGGAAGAAAGAGAGGAAGAAAGAGAGAAAUCAUUUUUGAGAAAUGGAGGCAUUUUAUUAAAGGAUCUGAUUGCUUCAAGUAAUGGAAAAUGUAAUCCCAUUCGCAAUUUCUCUGCUGAGGAGCUCAUCACAGCAACAAACAACUUCGAUUCAAGUCACAUUAUGCAAACUUGUACAUUAUUUCCAGAAAAGUGGCUUGGUGGGUCAGAAUAUGAAUUUCUUGAAGUGACUUAUCUUAUGUAUAAGGGUUAUCUAGAUGGUCGCCCAAUCAUUGUUAAGAAGUUCACGAGCGAGAACUUGGAGGAGUAUAAACCUCUGUCCCAAGCUAUACGUGACAUUGUGAUAGGAACCCAGAUGAGCAACCACAACAACGUUUUAAAGCUCUUAGGCUGCUGUUUAGAGUUUCCUAUACCUGUUCUUGUGCAUGAAUACGCCACAAAUGGAGCUCUCAAUGAUAAAGGAGGUUUUGGAGCUGAUAAAGAAUUUCUACCUUGGAAGAUUAGGUUGCGUAUUGCUAAGCAGCUUGCAAAUGCACUUACAUAUCUCCACACUGCUCUUCUCAGGCCAGUCAUCCAUAGGGAUUUAAGACCCUCCGCCAUUUUCUUGGACCAUAACUUUGUUCCUAAACUCUGCAACUUCUCAAUCUCCAUAACAAUACCUCCUGGCGAAUCUCAUGCAAGAGAUGAUACGAUCAUUCAGCCUACGUACUGUGACCCUGAAUAUUUUGAGUCCGGCUCUAUGAAUGAGAAAAGUGACGUCUAUAGCUUUGGCAUAGUCUUACUUAUUUUUUUAACAGGGAAAAAAGCUACAGGUUUUGUUUGGACAACAGAAUUUCAUGCUUCAAAUGAGCAUGUGACCACUGAAAUUGUGGAUCCCAAUAUUUUGAGGGAGGAAGGAGGAGAUGGGCAAGCUCAACAAGUGGAAGCUUUUUUAGCGCUUGCAUUGGCAUGCAUCCGAAGGAAAGGUGAAGAAAGGCCUGAUAUGAUUGAUGUGGCAAAAGAGCUCAUGCGGAUUGAAAAGUCCAUAUGACCUUUUCCUUGAUGUAGAAUAUGGCGGAUUAUCUACAGAGUCAUUUAGUGUCUUUAUUUUUAUUGUCUUUUAUUUUUCAAGUUAGAAACUGAACUAAUAUAUAUAUAUAUAUAAGUGAUGACCAUAUAUAUAAUUAGGUCAAUGCACUCGGCAGGAUAGUUGUUGAGAUGGUGCAAAAGAUAAUUUUUUCUGAAAUUCUGAUGCUAAUUUUUUCUGAAAUUCUGAUGCUCUCUCGAUAUUCAUAGACCGGAAAGAAAGCUCUCAAGAGGCAAACGCAAU